AUGAGCGAUAAAUCUUCGACUCUUGUCGAUCACCAGGCUAAGCCGCCAAAGUUACCCUUUCUCUGGCGAUUUCUUCACAAGCGAGUGGAGAAGGCUCGACAGAAGAACGGCCGACCAAACCCAGUAAUCACGUCUACCAAGCCCGGCUCACGUUAUAACCGUCCUGGGCCCGCGACUGGGACGGAUGACAAUUCCUGGCUCUAUUACAAUGCGGCUGCGACAAAUACGACAAGUUAUGGUGGUGAAAGUCAUCAUCAUCACCAUCAUCAUCAUGGCCACCAUGGAUGCGGAGACAGCAGCGGUGGAUACACCGGUCAUUCUUCAGGAGGACAUCACUCUGGAGGGCACACAUACAACUCUGGAGGAUCGUAUAGCUAUAGUGGCGGUGAUUCUGGAAAUUCCUCAAGUGGAGGUGAUUCCGGAGGGUCAUCGAGUAGUGGAGGUGGAUCUUCUGACUAA